CGGAGCAUUGGAGAGAAGAGAUGGGCCGGAGGGAGGUGGAAGCCAGCUGGCCCGGCAGCAAAGCGGACCGGAUGGGCGGGGUUUGCGAAUGUCUGAGACCCUGUGUCUGGCUCCCUGGAGCCGGGGGCGGGGCGCGGGUAGGCCUCGGACCCGGUUGCUGGUGACCGGUCGCCUGACUGGGCUCCUCCCCCGGCCCGCCCCUGAAGGUUUAUCUUGUGACCGCGGAAUCUGGUUCUUCGUUCCUUGAGCUUGUAGUCUCAGCUGCGAUGCGUUUCUUGGGCGCCGCGUUCCUGUUCCUGGCACUCAGCGCCUCCGCCCUGGCCGAGCCGGUGCAUUUCAAGGACUGCGGUUCUGGGGUCGGAGUUAUAAAGGAAGUGAAUGUGAACCCGUGCUCCACCGAACCCUGCCAACUGCACAAAGGACAGUCUUACAGUGUCAAUGUCACAUUCACCAGUAGCACUCAGUCUCGAAGUAGCAAAGCUGUGGUGCAUGGCAUUGUGAUGGGCGUCGCAAUUCCCUUUCCUAUUCCUGAGCCUGACGGUUGUAAGAGUGGAAUCAGCUGCCCCAUUGAAAAAGACAAGACCUAUAGCUACUUGAAUAAACUACCCGUGAAGAAUGAAUACCCCUCUAUAAAACUGGUGGUGGAGUGGGAACUUACAGAUGACAACGACCAACGUCUCUUCUGCUGGCAAAUCCCAGUACAGAUUGAAAGCUAGAGCUAUUUGAUGCCAAUAUGUCCGUCUGGGGGUGAGAGAGCACGGGUGGAGGGAGAGGAGGAGAGAUCAAGUCUAAACUAAAUCAGUGCCAUAAGAUGAAAGGAAUUUCUAGACUGCCGUUCUAGCCUCUCAACCUCCAAAAGCAUCUAAGACCCUAUUUCCUGAGAGCUCAGAACUGUCGCCCCUGUAUUAUCCUUUGUAAAAGGGUUGAAGGAAGGAAGAGAAAGUGAGACUGUAGGGAUUGAUUUAAUUGUCUUCAGGGAGAGUUUUUUGUUUGUUUUGGUUUGGUUUUUGCUUUUGGAAUAAGGAGGGUCUAACCAGACAUGAUCCAAAUCAGGCUGCUUGGGGGAUAUUGGAUAACUCGCCCUAGGGUUACUAGCCCUUGCAGCAAAGCACGGGUUCCAAACCACAUCCAUCUAAGUGGGAUAUUACAUCUGCAAGUUCCUCAUCUCCACGUGCCUCGUUGAGUUCAGUGCAUCUGGCCAAUGAGCUUCCUCACCUCCAGCUCCGCUGCUUCACCGGCCAUGACUUGCUGUGCAGUGGUGUCCAGCGUGGCAGUGGAGGGGAGGUCUUCUACAACAGAAAUUCUCUGCAGUUAGCUCAUGUCUCCUUUACUAUCUUAGGUGGUUUUCAUUAAAUGCAUCACUUGAUUAGCAGAUGUUUGAUUUUUUUUUUUAACAACACUAACUUGUGGCUUCUUUAUGCACCUGGAAAUGUCCCUUUGAAUAAAUAAAAACUCGUCAAUCUCUUCUUCUGCA